CCAAAUCCAAGGAAUGUUGGAGAUAUUGCCAUUCCAGCUGCAUUGAGAACAACUACGAGAAAUGAAAAUUUCUUAUUAUGGGAUUCUGGUAACGACGACCCUAACCGUAUACUAAUGUUUGGUACAGUAGAAAAUCUUCGACUUCUCCAACAACAUCGUCAUUGGUUUGUUGAUGGAACGUUCAAAGUUUCACCUGAAAUAUUUUAUCAAGUAUUUACGAUACAUGGGUUAAUCGACAAUAGUACUUUUUCGCUAGUAUACAUAUUACUACAACAUAAACGUGAGGAGAUAAAUGUCCGUAUUUUUCAAAAAAAUUUGGAAUUGCAAGAACACAUACGCCCAUCACCAGUGUAUUAUGUGACUUCGAAAAGGCAAUUCAAAAUGCUGUUUCACAAGUAUUAUCCAGUCUUCAAGCGAGUAGAUGUUUAUUCCAUUUGGG